AUGACGAAAGAAGAACCUACAAAGAAUCCCUCUACGGUACCCCAGGAUCAGCCGGUUACGGCAUCCGGUUUUGAAUGGUAUAGAAGGACUUUCCAAUAUAAGACAGGUUUGGGCCUUACACCCGAGUUAAAGGAAUCAUACGAAACAGAUUUCAAAGAUAUUUUACAGGAAAAACAAUGUACUUCAUGUUAUCAUAACAGAGAUUGGCUGUUAACAUAUUCCCCCACUAUAAGAUUCAUGAUUCAACAAAUUAAGAAACUUGAACGAGUAAGGAAUUUCAAUGAUCCAAUCAAUAAAUCGUUGAUUAAAUUCGAUGAAAGUAAAAUCAUUUGUGAUUUUUGUCCCGAUUGGAAAAGUGGUGGCUUCCAUCCAGAGAUUGGUAUUUUAUUAUGUCAAAACAGAUUCAAAAAUAAAUGGCAUUUGGAAGAUACUUUAAGUCAUGAAUUAGUCCAUUGGUAUGAUAAUUUGAAAUGGAAAGUAGAUUGGACAAAUUUGAGACAACAUGCUUGUUCUGAGAUUAGAGCUUCUUCAUUAAGUGGGGAAUGUAGAUUUUGGCAAGAAUUUUCAAGACGUGGUCUUGGAUUUGAAGUUGGUAGAGGUCAUCAAAAUUGUGUUAAGAGAAGAGCUGUAUUGAGUGUAAUGGGAAAUCCAAAUUGUAAAGAUGAAGAGCACGCUGUUAGAAUUGUUGAUGAAGUCUGGGAAAGUUGUUUCAGUGACACAAGACCAUUUGAUGAAAUAUACAGAUAA